AAAAAAAUGUCAAAAUCAUGAUGGAGUGAAAAAUACUGAUUUUUUCUGAUUAGGAAAAAUAAGACAAAUAUUUAAUUGAUAUGAGCCAUAAUAUUUAACAAUUCAGCAUCCAAGUUCUGAACCGGCAUCAUUGACUGUGAAUUAAAUGCACGUUAAGGAAGUGGACAAUAAAAAGAAAUCAUGGAUAAAGAAAAAAUCCUCGGGUUCAAAUCCAACAUGUCUAAAGAGGACAUGAGGAAGAGCUUAAUGAUGAAGGCUUAUGAGGUGAAGUUUGACUUGAGUGGGACGGACUACAUUCCUCUGGACAACAUCGGAAUCGGCGCUUACGGAGUGGUGUGCUCUGCUGUCCACGGUAAAACCAAGGACAGAGUGGCCAUCAAAAAGAUUCCGUACAUCUUUGAGGACAAGAGAAUUGCUACCAGGACUUACAGAGAAAUCAAGAUAUUAAAACACUUUAAACAUGACAAUAUAAUUUCAAUCAGAGAUAUAUUAAAACCUACAGAAACUGUAGACAGAUUCCGAGAUGUCUAUGUUGUGUUUGACUUGAUGGAAAGUGACCUACAUAAGAUCAUUUACUCUAAACAAGAGCUAACGGAGGAACAUGUGCGGUACUUCCUGUACCAGUUACUGAGGGGAUUAAAGUACAUCCACUCCGCCAACGUGAUCCACCGCGACCUCAAACCCAGUAACUUACUGGUCAACGAGGACUGUCAGCUGAGAAUCGGAGACUUUGGGAUGGCAAGAGGAGUCAACAUGUCGCCAGAAGAACAGAACGCCUUCAUGACGCAGUAUGUCGCCACGAGAUGGUACAGAGCCCCCGAGAUAAUGUUCGCUUUGAUUGAGUAUGGCACGGCGGUGGACAUGUGGUCAGUGGGCUGUAUCUUUGCGGAGAUGUUGGGAAGGAAACAUUUAUUUCCAGGUAAAGACUACAUCAACCAGCUGAAGCUAAUUAUCGGUGUACUGGGCUCCCCGGAGCAGGACCUGCUAGAUCUCUGUCAGUCCGAUCUCAUUAAAAAAUUCAUCAAGCAACUGGGAAAUAAAGAACCUAUAGCUUGGUCUACUUUGUUUCCUAAAGCCAGUAAAAAAGCUCUGAGUUUACUGAGUAAAAUGCUGAUCCUUGACCCUCGUAAAAGAGUCUCGGUCACCGCUGCUCUUACCCACCCCUACCUCAACAAGUACCAUGACCCCGACGACGAGCCCAUCUGUGUUCCUACAUUUAACUUUGACUUCGAAAAGCAGAAACUGACAUCAGAAGAGCUGAGAGAACGGAUUUAUAAAGAGAUAAUGGAUUUCCACAAGCCUAGAACCCCUUCACUAAGUUUUAGUGCGUGUCUAAAACCAGUACCCAAGGAUGCAGCGGACAAGAAAAUAGAGAAACAAGAGGUUUCCACUCCAGGACUGACCAAAGACUUCCAAGGAAUUCAGCUUUUUCCUUCGGGGGAAAUAAAGGGGGAUUUCCUGAAGCCAGAUAACAAACCAGUGAGCGUGGCUAUCAACACAGAACAGCUACAAGUGUCCGCAGAUGAUGUGGAAAUGUUCAGUGCCAAGUCUCAGACGAAGGCAAAAGAACAGGUGGGUGAGGAAAAAGAAGGAAAAAUCCCAGCGGGAACCAAGGAGGAGAACCAAGAAACCAAAACAAUCUCCUCUGACACCAAGGCUCUCAUCAAAGCAGCACUGCUCAACUCCAACUUCAGGAAAAGAAGUGAUUCUUGCACUGAAGUGGAUGAUAAACCCAAACCAAUCACUGCGGCUCAAAGACAGAAAGAACGGGAGGAAAAGAGGAGGAAAAAGAAAGAAAAGGCACUGGAAAGAAUGAAGAAAAAAGAAAAGAAAGAACAGAAACCUGACCAGUUGCUGACAGACGAGGACAGGGAACUCCUACAGAGGUGGGCUAAAAUGCAGCAGGUGAACCCUCCAAUAGCCCCCAAACCAGAGACUAACGGACCACCCCAGAAUCUAGGAGGAGGCCUACCAAUGAUGCCACAAACAACACAGCCUCAGGUGAUCUCAAAUCCCUCCCAACUCAAGUCAUUUCAGGCCAACCCCUCAGAAAUGCCUGGAGGCUCAUCUCAACAGUCCAACAACUCAGGAAAGUCCUUAAUAAAUGUGGACACUAUGCAUAUGCUUCAACAGAAGUUGCAGGCUAGGAAUUCAGUGGCAAAAGACAAUGUAAAUACCUGUGUACCUCCAGUUCAGGUGACCAGUAACCCCACCACGACUGAUGCCAGUCUGUCCACCAUCAACAUGGAGGGGGUUAAACUGAUGGGAUUGACCUCUGGAUUGACCUCUGGAUUUCAGGAUGUGGCCUGCACUUUAGGUACUUCUAUUCCCUCACAGCCGGUCAGCAAUACUGACAUUGGUUUAAGUGGACCUGAGGCAUCUUCAAGCUUCCAGGAGUACCAUCAGCCUGUUUAUUCUACACAGGAUUCCCCUCAGAGGGACUACAGCAACCAUAGCUCACCUGAGAGCUAUAAUUCACAAGACUCACCUGACCCAUACAAUCAGGACUCAAACUCAAGCUGUGAUGUUCAAAAUACCAAAGUUAACAAUUUCUCUGAAGCCAGUGCUUUAUCUAGUCACCCACAUUCCUCUCAGCAAGUUGGAAUUCCUCCUCAACUAAACCAGCAGUUUGAUGUCUCCGCUACAAACCCUUUUGCCAUAAUCAGUUCUCAAACUCAGACGUUUACCACACCUUUUCAGAGUGAUAACACAUUUUCGAAUGUGAUGCUACCAAACGAACAAGAAUAUUCAUCUCAGCAGCAAUAUGGAAAUAUCUCAACAAUUCCUUUUGCAAGAAGUGAGCAACCAGCUGGCCAUUCCCAGAACGUUCAACCUUUUUUUGAUGUAAGAUACCAGACUCAGACACAGGCGCGACAUCCCUAUUCCUACCCCCGAGUCUCCGUGGACACAAGCCAACAACCACAGGAUCUGAUAUCCGUCUUAGCGGAGCAGUUCUCCAGUACUCAGGUGGGGGACAACUUUCCCCCCAUGUUGCCUCUGACCCCCCGAGGAACAGGAGCGGGAUACGGGGUGGGGAUGGAUCUUGAUUCUCUGAUGGAGGACAAUGCCAGUUUGCCACCCCAGCAAUCUCCCCUCUCCUCCUCCCUUCUCACCGACUGGAUGGAGGUCACGGGGUCACUCAAUAUCGACAUGGAUGCUCUGGAGCAGGAACUGGGUCUUCAGUCUCCAAUGUCACUGUCGUACAACGAUCUGUCAAUGUAUCAGUCGUGAUGUCACUGUUGUACAACGAUCUGUCAAUGUAUCAGUCAUGAUGUCACUGUCAUACAACAAUCUGUCAAUGUAGCAGUCGUGAUGUCACUGUCAUACAACAAUCUGUCAAUGUAGCAGUCGUGAUUUCUGUGUAUCAGUCAUGAUAUCAGUGUAUCAGUCAUGAUAUCAGUGUAUCAGUCAUGAUAUCAGUCAUGAUAUCAGUAUGUCAAUCAUGAUAUCAGUAUGUCAAUCAUGAUAUCAGUAUGUCAGUCAUGAUAUCAGUGUAUCAAACUCAUAUGACAUUCCAGGUUAGGACUCGCUAUCAUACAAUGAUCUGUCUGUAUGUUCCAGAAUGAUAAUGAGCCCUGAUAUAGCCCCGAUAUCAUGACCAUUUCCUGUUGUUAUUGCUCUGUCCUGAUUUAACCAGUAAAAUUAUCAAUACUGAUAUUACCCUGUUAUCAUCAACGUCAGUGAUGUUAGAUAUCAUCAGAAGUUUGAUUUAUUUUUUUUUUCCUCACACCUUUGCAAACAAAGUUUGUUGUCUGUUAAAAAUUUACCCCUUUAUUUAGCAUAAGGAUCAUGUGCCAACUUGUUUUUAUUCUACAACAUUACCUUUUCACUGCAUGCAUUUUAUAUUCUUGUAUGCAAUAUGAGGUUUCCUCGAAGUGACUAACAACACAAUACAGGAACUAAGAUUUAAAUUAUUAUUACAAAUAGUUGUAAAAUGUAGUGCAGAAUUAUGCCCCUGUCAUUCAGCAUAUGAUUAGCUGAAUGUCUCAAGUUCAAUUGUAUGUCUCUUGAUUAUUUGACAAAUGGCAGUCACCAAGAUCUUUUUAGUCUGGUGGUUUUAUGCCUAUUCUUUGUUUUGACCUGUAAAUUAUAUGCCAAGGAAGCAUGCAUUAAGAAUCUGACAAAAGUUGAUACUCUUUGAUGUAUGUUUCCAUUGUUUGAAUGGCAGACAAGGAACUUGUUGAUUUAUUGAAUUGAUUACUUCCUGAUGUACUAGUUUUACUUUACUUUUGGUGUCAGCAAUAUAUUGGACAUCUGAAAACUUGUGCUCAAGAUUCCAUGUCCUUCAGUGGUCAUGUUUAUUUCAAGAAUAAAGAAAGUUAGAAUUCAAAUGUUUACUGACUU